AUGUGCGGACAGGACACUACCGACCCUGCAGCAUUAUGGCAUAGAGACGAUCUUUUAACUGACCCCCAGGGCACCGGGGAAACUACAUACAGGCCCGAGAUCCUUGACGCCAUAGAGCAGACUAUUGCAUCUCUGAACGAUGAGCUACGCGCGCUCAGCCUAGACAUUCACGAUCAUCCUGAAGUCCGGUGGGAGGAACACCAUGCUCACGACAUUCUGGUGGACUUCAUGCAGCGGAAGAAGUGGGAAGUAACUGAACAUCAUCUGCUGCCUACGGCUUGGGAGGCAAAAUUCACGCAUGGGACAGGCGGCCGUACCGUUGGCGUCAACUCCGAGAUGGACGCUCUCCCUGGUGUGGGUCACGCAUGUGGACACAAUCUCAUCGCUAUCGCUGGGGUCGCCGUAGCUCUAGCAAUCGGAGCUGCCCUUGAGAAGUUCGACAUCCCUGGGACAGUCGUCUUGCUGGGCACUCCAGCCGAGGAAGGCGGAGCAGGCAAGGGAGUACUCCUCGAGAAAGGUGCAUACGAAGGGAUGGACGCCUGCGUCAUGUGUCACCCCGCUCCUGGCCCGAAACACUCAGCUGCACUGAGCAGCUGUCUCGCGCGUCAAAUUCUGGAAGUCGAGUUUCACGGGCACACGGCGCAUGCAGCGCUCUCUCCUUGGGAAGGACAGAAUGCCGUGGAUGCAGCCGUGUCGGCGUAUAACAGUAUCUCCAUGCUGCGGCAACAGCUAUUACCUACCCAUCGUGUGCAUGGCAUCUUCAUCGGAAAAGACUGGACGCCCAACAUCAUCCCUGACUACGCGAAGAUGGUAUGGUACGUUCGCGCGCCUACGAGAGCAGAGAUGGAAGCGUCUACGCAGCGUGUUAUACCCUGCUUCAAGGGGGCUGCAAUCGCGACCGCUUGUAAGGAAAACGUCAAGAUUGCGGGGGCGACGUAUGAUCUGCGGCAAAAUAAAGCGCUAGGAGACGACUUUGCGGAUGUCUUCCGGAGCAGAUAUGGCUCAGUUACGUAUGGAUAUGGCAUACAAAGCGCAUCGACGGACUUUGGCAAUGUCACCUAUGCUUUGCCCGCAUUGCACCCAUCAUUCGCCAUCCCAACUGUCGAGAACGGAGGCAACCACACCAUAGCAUUCGCAGAAUCGGCCGCGAGCGAUGCGGCGCACAAAGCGACCGUUAAUGUCGCGAAGGCCUUAGCUGCGACUGCAGUACGCCUGUUAGAUGAUGCGGAGUUCUGGUUCAAGGUGCGAGUGUUUCCCAAGAUGAGAAAUUUAUGUUUUACGCCCAAGUCGUCUCAGGUGAGGGAAACAUACGAGGCUGACCGCGCCGUACGGCAGCGAGCACACAGCUGA